CCAGCAGUUUCCCUUCCCCCGUCGGCGGCUCGGUGAUAGACAUUCCGCUGCUUCCAAUCGGAGGCGCCCAGUGCUGGGACUGGCCAAUCGUGGGCCUCGGUGGGCGGGGCGGCCGGGCCAGUUAGAUUUGGCGGUUCCACUUCAACAUGGCUGAAGCGAGCGGCGUUAAUGCAGGCAGCGGCUGUGAGGAAAGAGGGCCUGAGGGGUUGUCCCCGGAACCUCUGCCUCCCGGCACUACCAUUUCGAGGGUGAAGCUCCUCGACACGAUGGUGGACACUUUUCUCCAGAAGCUGAUCGCAGCUGGGAGCUACCAGAGAUUCACUGACUGUUACAAGCGCUUCUACCAGUUACAGCCUGAGAUGACACAGCGAAUCUAUGACAAGUUUAUCACUCAGUUGCAGACAUCUAUCCGCGAGGAGAUUUCUGAAAUCAAAGCAGAGGGGAACCUGGAAGCUGUCUUGAAUGCCUUGGAUACAAUUGUGGAAGAAGGCAAAGACCGCAAGGAGCUGGCCUGGCGCCCUAGCGGGAUCCCGGAGAAAGACCUGCGCAGCACUAUGAUGCCCUACUUCCUGCAGCAGCGGGACGCCCUGCAGCGCCGUGUGCAGAGACAGGAGGCCGAGAACAGGCAGCUGGCAGAUGCCGUCCUGGCCGGGCGCAAGCUGUUGGAGGAGCUGCAGCUGCAGGGCCAGGCCCGGCAGCAGGCCUGGCAGGCUCUCCACAGAGAACAGAAAGAGCUGGUGGCGGUGCUGAAGGAGCCUGAGUGAGGAAGAGACGGCCGGGCCUGGGAGCAGAGGGCAGUCAAGGAUGAGGGCCUGUGGCCCAGCAUGCUGGGCCUGGGCAAGCUGCCUCUGAGAACAGCUGAAAUGGUGCCCAGUCCCUAAGCAGUGAUGGAAUUUGCUGGAGGAUGAGGCCUGAGCAGUCCCCACUGCCACUGUGCCUUUGGGGCUCCCUUGAGGUCACACAUACACACACUACCUUCAGAUUUCUCCGUGUUUUCUUCUAACUUGAGGAUUCUUGGCCAGCUCCCACCCUGGGAAUCAGGCACCAUGCCUUCUCUCCUCUCGGUUCACCAGCCCCCCCG